AUGCUCAUGACCCCUUUCGACGUCACUCGGGAGACUUUCAUUGCCUCAUACAGGCUGACGCAAGAUCUUGUUCGUAGUCUUGGGGUUUCCCAUUCGUCCACAUAUUCCUCGAACUACAAGUCCUCUCGCUAUUUUGGUGUGCUGCAUUUUUAUGCAACGGGAUCAUAUCAAAGGCCCACAGGGAAGAGUAUAGAUACUGCAGUAGCGCAGCCAACAGUGUCGGACCACCUUACUGAGGUCACCCUCGCACUAAACCAUCCACAGGUGGUCAGUAGACUGAUCCAGUUUCCAAGGAAUGCUGAGCAAAUGAGAGCAUGUGUUGCCAGGAAUCAAUAUUUGGGUGGCAGGUUUCCCGGUGCUGUUGGAUAUACGGAUGGAACAUUAGUUAAAAUUAUGAAGCCAACAUUAGAAGAUAAUGUUCAAGCUUACAUUGGGCGAAAGUCCUUUGCCAGCAUAAAUGCAUUAGUGACCUGUGACAAACGUUUUUAUGUCAUGAAUAUAGUAUCCCGUUACCCAGGGGCUACUAAUGAUUCAUACAUUUGGGCUAACAGUGCACUUCGGAGGAAGAUGAUCGAGUUAAACGAGGAGGAACGUUGUUUCCUUUUAGGUGACUCUGGUUUUCCCUCAUGA